UUCACUCUUACAGACGAUAUAGUGCCUGUUUAAUUGUGUGUGUUUUUAAAUAUUUUUAUUUAUUCUUAUCGAAACAAAAAGGAAUCACAUAUUCACACUGAUAUUAAUAAGGUUUUUUGAACCUGUACAAACAGCGGCACACAUUCCACUUAAAGGACAAACACGAAUUUAUCCACCUUCAACUAAUUGCUUAACCUAGACAUUCAUAAAGUCAACAAACCAACCAUUUUAUCAGUACCUAUCACAUUUAUAGUUUCUACAUUCAAGGCCCCCACUUUUGAGAAUGGCAAAAAUCUUGGAAUAAGUUGUAUUUGAACAGUUAAAUUGAAGUGGCAUAUUUGAACAGAUUGCAUAAUAAAGGGAUCUGUCAGUUGCCGCUAAGAAAUCCAUAUAGAAAUGGAUUUGAAAACAUCAAGUAUAAGUGAAACAUCAGAUCCUUAUUUGGCUCCUAGUAAAUCAACAGAUUUAAUAAAACCCAAAGAUGGUCUGGAAAAGGAUACAUCAUCAAUUGCAAAGGCUAAUGAAGAAUAUAAAGUUUACAAACGCAGAUGGGCUGUUCUGAUAUUGUUCGCCUUUUAUUCGGCCUCAAAUUCAAUGCAAUGGAUUCAAUAUAGUAUUAUUAAUAACAUUGUAACUAAAUAUUAUGGUGUCAGUGAUAAAUGGAUUGACUGGACAUCAAUGAUAUAUAUGAUAUUGUAUAUACCAUUGAUAUUUCCGGGCAGUUGGUUCUUAGAUAAAAUGGGUCUUAGAAUUACAGCUUUGGUUGGUGUUUUUGGUACUUGUAUUGGUGCGUGGAUUAAAGUAUUUUCAGUUGGUCCAGAUUUGUUCUUUGUAGGCUUUUUUGGUCAAAGUAUAGUUGCUUUAUCACAGGUUUGUAUUUUAUCAUUGCCGGCACGUUUAGCAGCAGUUUGGUUCGGUCCCGAUCAAGUAUCUUCAGCGUGCAGUGUUGGCGUCUUUGGUAAUCAGUUGGGCGUGGCUCUUGGUUUUGUUCUACCACCGAUGUUGGUGGCCAAUUCAGAUGAUCCGGAACUUGUGGGUCAUGAUUUACAAUGGAUGUUUAACUAUGUUGCAGGAAUAACAACAGUGCUGGUCAUUUUAAUGGUUUUAUUCUUUCAAGACAAACCGCCCACACCACCAUCAGCCGCCCAAAAGGUUGCCCUGCCCGGUUCAAUAGAGGCUCAAAAUGAAGUUUCAUUUAUGCAAUCGUUAAAGAAUUUAAUGAUGAACCGUAAUUAUAUUUUACUUUUAAUUUCAUAUGGCAUGAAUGUUGGAGUCUUUUAUGCGAUAUCAACAUUGCUCAAUCCGGUGGUUCUGAAGUAUUAUCCUGGCCAUGAAGUGGAUACCGGUCGUAUUGGUUUAGCAAUUGUUUUAUCUGGUAUGUUGGGAUCCGUUGUAUCCGGUAUUGUUUUGGAUAAAUCGCACAAAUUCAAAGAAACAACUUUAGCGGUAUACGCUUUUUCCAUGGUUGGCAUGUGGGUGUUCGCUUUUACUUUGGAUACUGGAAGCAUUGCAGUUGUCUAUGUCACUGCAUCGUUGUUAGGCUUUUUUAUGACCGGCUACUUGCCGGUUGGCUUUGAAUUUGGAGCGGAGCUAACGUACCCUGAACCGGAAGGUACUUCCUCUGGUCUUUUAAAUGCAUCAUCACAGGUCUUUGGUAUUAUCUUUACGUCCCUGUAUUCAUGGUUGUUCAGUGAUUACGACGAUAUAACAGCAAAUGUAACAAUGGCUGUAAUGCUGAUUUUAGGAACUAUCAUUACGGCUUUGAUUUCUUCAGAUUUAAGACGACAAAAUGCUCAGAUAUCAAAAAAUGCGAACAAUCCUUAGGAUCGGAUAGAUUUUGUUUAAAUAACACACAAUUAAACACAAUGUCAAAUUGUAAGAACCUGUGAACGAGUGAGCGAGCGAGCGAGUGAGUAAGUGAGUGAGUACGUAAUCACCUAUGAACGGUGAGACGUGGUUUAUAGAAUUUAAAGAAUGCCAAAAUUUUAAUAUUGUGUUAUUUAAACAAAAUCGUUAAACGUACAACAAUUCAUUUAAUAUUUAUUAUAUAGCAAUAACAAAGGAAACAUGUAUUUUAUAAUUGUUAUUUAAUUUUAGUGUGUACA